CUUUUAAUGCGAUUAACAAUUGUAAACGCUUAUACUGUGUUUCAGGUGCUGUAUUGUGGAGAUUCCUAUGAUGUAUCAGAAUUUCCUAGAGCACGAUAUUUUGGGAGAAGCAUUUGAAGAUGCUCUGGAGGUGUUACAGGAGAAUUCAGCCAGUGGAUAUCAGCAUCCUACAGAGUGCAAAAGUUGCAUCACAUUUUUUAAUAAUCCUCCACAAGCUGUAGGGACCGACAGCUGCUUUACCGCACUUUCUGUAGAAGCACCAAGAUACAACUGGAGAGAUUCAUCAGGUCUUUGGGGAACGAUGGAAAUAAAAUCAGAGUCCAAUUUAUCACAGAUAAACACCACAAAUAUAUAUGGAGAUUGUAUAUAUCAGAGCAACCAGACUACUCAAGACGAUCAUGUCAUGUGCAUUGCGCACACAAAGAAAGUCUCACACAAAAAUGGACGGAGGAAGCUGCGACUUUUCGAAUAUCUUCUUGAAGCUUUGCAUAAUCCAGACAUGAUGAGCUGUAUUCAGUGGGUGGAUGAACCAAACGGCAUUUUCCAGUUUGUUUCUAAAAACAAAGAGAAGCUGGCGGAAUUAUGGGGCAAAAAAAAAGGCAACCGUAAGAUCAUGACUUACCAAAAAAUGGCCCGGGCCCUUAGGAAUUAUGGCCGGACAGGAGAAAUAAUGAAAAUCAGACGAAAAUUGACUUACCAGUUUAGUGCAAUAGUUUUACAAAGACUAUCACAAGUUAACUUACCUGAAAAAGAUACAGUGCAUCGCCAUUAUUUCCAACAUGAAGUAGAGUUCUGGAACAGCCAUAAUAAUCACUGGGAUUCUAAUAAAUACUCAUGCACAUACAACAGUGCGUAUCCAUUCCAUCAACAGUUUAAUUAA